CGGCCGAAGAACGGGCGUCCAUUUUGCUUCGCCAUAUUGAAUUUGGUCGGACAUCUUUGGACGCCAUGUUUAGUCGGACAUAUUUUAUAAACAUUUUCGCGUAAAUUUCAAAUAUUUUUGAGCCUAAAUAUCGAACUUUUUUUCACUGAAGCUUGGUGCAUUGUUUUCGGUGAAAAUUGCGGUGGAAAUACUUGUGCCUACGCAGCAGUCCAUAAUAGUCUCCAGGGGGCCGAGCAGCUUUUGUUAGAAGAUAAAUAAAGAUACUGGUUCACGAUGAUGAACCAGGAGAUAAUGUGCGAGGUGGAGAUAGGCACCCACGGGUCCAUGGUGGAGAUAGAUGGGGACGACCAGGUCGGAGUCAAGUAUGAGGAGAUAGAGGCUGGGCAGUACGAGGAAUACAUCACAGAUGACCAAUACGAGGAGGUGGAGGAACAAGUCAUCGGGGGCAUGCAGCAUCUUGAGGAAGUUGGAAGUGAAGAGGUGAUCCUCCCGGGCAUAUCUGGGGAGGAGGGCCUGGCCACCACCGACAGCCCCUAUGACCCUGUCUACCCCACUCCGCCAUCCACGAGCAGGAGAGGGCGCGGCAGACCUCGAGCCAACCAGAACACUACAAGCAACAUCCAUCACUUGAUGCCUAUUGGUGAAGUCCCGAUGGGGCUGAUGGAGGGCGUGGCCGGCGGGCGCGGCACGGCGCGCCGCUGGGAGCAGAAGCAGGUGCAGAUCAAGACCAUGGAGGGGGAGUUCUCCGUCACCAUGUGGGCCACAGGAGAGGACGACGAUGAUGGUUCGAACCCUGAACCAGACCCCGACUACACGGAGUACAUGACCGGCAAGAAGAACAUACUCGGUAACGAGACCAUGCCUGGGCUGGACCUGUCUGACCCCAAGCAGCUGGCGGAGUUCGCGCGGCCAGGACACAAGAUCCGACUAAAGAAACCAUCUCCGGAGUCUUCCGACCGGACUAUAGCGUGUCCCCACAAGGGCUGCACGAAGAUGUUCCGUGAUAACUCCGCCAUGAGGAAGCAUCUCCAUACGCACGGGCCGCGCGUGCACGUGUGCGCUGAAUGCGGAAAAGCGUUCGUGGAGAGUUCGAAGCUGAAGAGACAUCAGCUGGUGCACACUGGAGAGAAGCCCUUUCAAUGCACCUUCGAGGGGUGCGGGAAACGGUUCUCAUUAGACUUUAACCUAAGAACGCACGUCCGUAUACACACGGGCGACCGGCCGUACGUGUGUCCGUUCGACGGGUGUAACAAGAAGUUCGCGCAGAGCACCAACCUCAAGUCGCACAUACUCACACACGCCAAGGCGAAAUCAAGAAACUCCCUGUCCCGGAACGGUGGCAGUUCCUACGAGUCAGCUCGGACGACCCCACAGUACGUCCAGCUGGAGAUGUCCCCGGACGACUCUAAUCCACAACUCAUCUUCUACACGCACGAGUGAGAGGGAAUCGCGUCCGAGCGGACCGAACAUUGUGACAGUGAUUUGUGACUAAAGUGGCGCAGUUUGUGACGAAGUGGCCCAGUUUGUGACGAAGUGGCCCAGUUUGUGACGAAGUGGCCCUGUGUGUGACCAAGUGGCCCAGUUUGUGACGAAGUGGCGCAGUUUGUGACAAAGUGGCGCUUUUAGUGUUAAAAAUGGAAAUGUUGGGAGAUUUUUAAAUGGACUGAUUUUAAAAUGUUUAGUGCAAGUGACUUGUAUGGGAAAGAAAUUGGUGUAGAAAAAAGUCUAUAAGAUAAUUCGGUUUAAGUUUAGAAAUGACAGCAGUUAUUUUUAAUGUGGUUUUAAAAACAAGCUUAAAAUUAUGUUAUAAGGGUAUCAUCAACAAUGGUAUUUGGAAAUAUCGAAUCUUUCGUAUACAUUGUUAAUUCGUAUCGGGAGCAGACCUCACUCCCUCUGGGUUUUAUUCACAGAAUAGAAGAAAGAGUUUGGCAGGGCCAAGUGAACGCGAAACGCGCGCCAUACAAGUAUGAGCAAAUAGUUCAUACUUCAACUUUGCACU